UUCUGUUUGUAGAUCUGAAAGAAUUUGACCUUUUGACCGCUACCCUUUGACCUGACUCACAGGAAGUACAUCCAGGUGUGUCUGCAGAACGUGUCAGAUGUGAACUUUCACCUGAUGGACCAGAGGCUAACAGAGAAACAUCACGGAUCUUCUCUGGCACUGCAGUCCCUCAACACUAAAGCACAACAGUUGGUGUGCAGUAAGCAGAGUGUUUACUGCGUAUGGGAUGUGAGGUGGAAGGAAAACAUGCCAGUCUGUCUACAGUGUGUGUUCUCUGCCAGCUUCUCUUCUGCUUCUGAGGAAGUCUCAUCCUUCAAGCCCUACCACUACGAGUUUCAACUGGAGAGAGUGACAACACUGUACAGUGUGAGGGCAGAGAUCAUGCCUGCGGCUGGUCAACAAAACUGUCACUCUGGCUCCCUCUGUGGGCUGGAGAUGUCCAUUACACGACUGGCUGAACCUGAGGAUGAUGAGGAUGAUGAUGGAGGGACAGAGGAGAAAGGCAGACAGAGACAGAGGAGGUCUGCUCCACCAAGCUCAUGUAUGAAGUGGCAGACAGCAGCAGUAGCUGGGUGGUGUAUGGCAGAAGCUCAGGGCUGGUGUCCAUGCCAGCGGAUGCUAAUGCCAACCACAGGGUACAGGUUGAGUUGAUGCCCCCUGUUCGCUGGCCACCUGCCAUUCCCUGACAUCAAGGUGUUUAAGUACCUACCUCCCAG